AUGCCUCCUUGUCAACACAAUGUGCUCAAUGAUCAACUUUCACCGUCAAUCAACCCCGCAACACUGCCUCUGCCCCCAUCUCCAUGCACGACUCCCUCCGCGCCAGUUGUGAGGCCAGAAGAAUCCGCCUGGAGAGCGGAUCCAACCGUGGGCCCAGGUGAGUUGGAUGGCACGGCCCGAUCCACUCCCAAAUUGGGAACACCCACUGCUGCUCCAAGGGAAUCGAAAGCGUCGGUCGAGCCCACGUCAGUCGAGCCCACGGCUGCAUCGCUUUCGGAGCCAGUGAGCUGCGAUACUCCUUCGAUAACGUUCGAGGAUCUUGCUCGGCGGUAUCGCCAAAGCCAUCGGAAACGGAUUCAAAGACAGCGCCUGGAAUCUCGCCUGCGUACGGCCAAGGUAUCCACCGGAGUUUUGUCGCGCAUGAUCCGCGUGGGAAACACAGUCCAAAGAGGCUUGAUCGAAACGCUCAAACAUGAAGACAAGUCCAACUUUGUCUCACUCUACCAAACGCUAUUGGAUCUUCGGGAGUCGUGCGAUUUCACUGCGCGAGCCGACGAGCAGGCGGACUGGUCAGAUGAAUCAAGUCCUUCCUUAGACGCUGGCCGUCAUUCUUCCAUGGACUUUCUUCACCAGCUGAGCCCCCAAUCCCGGACGGACUUAUUGGAUAUUUUGCAUCGAGUUCGCUCUGAUCCCCAAUUCUUGGUUAAUCGUCUCCGCAGCUUCACAUCCGCUCAACUGGCCACAUUUAUCUCCCCAGCCUCUUCCUUGGACUUUGGAGACCCUGCUUUCCCUUCUUCCUUUUCUACUGCCACAUCCUCGUCUUCUCGGGUCCGCGGCCAGUAUUCAAUGAACCGAAUUUCAACCACAUCUGCCUCUUUCAAGAACUAUGUGUAUGCUUUUGAACGGACGGACCCGCUGACCAUUUUGUUUUGUAAUGUGUUCACUGCGCAACUGGAUUCCGAGUCUGCCGAGUCCAGACUGAGGCUGGAUGUGUGGUCAACUGUCUGCGCGCAACUAAUAUCCCAGGGCAGCAGUAAAUUCUAUCCUUUAGUUGGUCAAGUUUUGUCCUCAAUUACGCACGGCAUUUGGAAAGCCCGGCCUCAGUUUGAGCUUUACCUGAUGGACAUCCUGCAAAGAGGCGCAUUUCUCCUGGAACACACAGCUAGCCCUGCUGGUUUGGAUUUCACGCCGGAAGCCUUGGAUCCAUUGCGUACUGAUGUGGCCGAGGAAUUCUUUGCCUCUGCAGUGGACGGCCUGUUCCGUGUUCUAGACGAUCCAGACUGUGGAUUUCCUUCUGCAGUCUUUCAAUUUGCUCGGGAAGUCCUGGGAAGACUGGAUUCACCUGACAGCCGCAGCCGUUUUCUUGAAUAUCUCUUUGUGCAGUGGUUCUUUCCCAAAUUUCUCUACAGUGCCCUGACUUAUCCGGAGGCGCAUGGGCUGUUGCUCGAUUUUCACAUACGUAAAGACGCUCGGGAGAAGCUACUUGGACAAGUGGGACUUCGCGCGUAUUCUCAAAUUUACGCCGUCCUACGAUCAAUGUUCGUGACACUCUGUCCCAGCCUCCAGUCGAACUCGCACUUAUCCAAUCCGCACAGGCAUCAUGUUUCCGUACUCCGCCCUUCAAUAAAAGCUCAUGUGGACAACAUGCUUUCCCGCUUUUAUGUCAACCAUUCUUCCCAGCCGUCGUCUGCGAAAGUUUCCUGCGAAACGGAGUCUAGCGCCGACUGCGCACAUCGCGACGAUUCAACACCAAACUUCCUUCUCCUAUCUUCAGCCGAUGUCGUCACCUUGCUGGAUGCUCUCUUCCCAACUCCAGGAUCUCCAGUCGAUCCGACGCCGGGGUUCACCGGCGCCUCAAUGCAUAAAGCUACAAACGGCCUGCGAUCUGCAACGUCAACUGGAAAUACAUUUGCCAAAACUGCACUUGGGCGUAUCGCUCAUGGAAAUUCGUCUCAUAUGGCUCGCUCAGAAGACCAGAUCUCUCAAGCUGCUGCGCGUGUUCGCUUCGAGCUAAGUGAUCUGGAUGAGAGACAUGGACGCGUUACGAUGGAUCAUCCUGCUGAAGAGAAUUGGACAAUAUUGUCCGUCGCUUCUGAAGACAGUGCACUUGCGAGCACUAUCACGCCGUCAUAUUCGAGGAUGAGUAGUGACCGAGAUUCUUCCUUCGACUAUCACGGCCAGGCGGAAGGCGAUGAAGCCUUGCACAAUGCAGUAAUACGUCUUAUCAACGAGGACCACUGCCAUCAAGCGGGUGAGGUGAACCAAGAUGCUCUUGAACCCAAGAUAGCAUUGGCGACGCUCAGGGGGCGUUUCAAUCGUGCCAUGUUCUCCGCUCAGAACAACUCUGAUUUCGUUAAUGCGCAUUACUGGUGGAACCUGACACGUCAGUUGCGUCGACAGUCACUCUCGGACGGCUCAAACAGUGACGCUUGGAUUCUUGAGCCUAUGCACAAGCGCUGCAUGCGCUCGCUUGAGAAAUCUAUUGACGUGAUCGACCGAUGCGAAAUGGAGCUCUUGUUUAUAGAUCAAAGCUUGCAUCGGCUUCAUGCGCAAGUCAAAUCUCUCAUGGCUGUCGUGACCAAGAUUCGCAUCAAGAUGUGGUACAUGACCGAGGUGAAAAACUCCAUGCGAUAUGAGGAGGCGCGGCACGUCACUACUGCCCUGACGAUGAUCCCUACUGCCCGCCCACAGACCACUGAUUUGCCCGAAUAUUCGCGUUCCAGGUUUGGAACGCGCUCUCUUGGAAGCUCAUUAUUUCAGAAGCCUGAGGUUCAAGUCCUGAAAAUGAUGACUGCACCCUGCAGUCAAGGCGGUCCUCGGAAGUUGUCUGAUGAACAGGUCGAUUUGACCCGUAAGUGGCUGGCCCACAGCAAUAUCGAGAACUUUUGCAAGGGAGAAGAGCGGAUUCAUCGAUUCUGCUAUGAGGUACGCAUAAGCGUGAAUCGAUUGGUAGGUGAAACUAUGGCAGAGGCCCCAAUUCUCUGGGCCAGCGAUUUGUUUCAAAGAGAGCGCGUUAGCUACGAAGGCCACGCUGGUCGGGCCUUCCCAGGGCUUUCCAUACCAACGACGCCAAGGCCCUCCACUGGAGCCAGUGAUGACCAUCUUCAUUCGCACCAUCUCUUCGGCUCUAAUCUUUCCGUCUCCGAUGCUUACAACCGGCCCCCCGACCUGUCGCCGCUUAUCGGACGCAAACCCUCCAUCCAAAGCUUUCUUUCAGACAGUUACCGAGCGAAUCGUGACCUACCAUCGUUUGAAGUUUCAUCAAUGGGGGGAUCGCCCAGCCGUGCUGCGUCAACAACAACAACAACCACAAGUGAUAAUCAUAGUUCAUUUUGGUCAGCACAUCAAGGCCCCUCCACAUAUGCGGCCAGUGUUUCCACCGCUUACUCUCGACCUCCUUCAAUGAUCAGCGAUGGCGCUAUGCGCCAGCCUCGCCGUGCCGAGCGUAAAGUGCAGGGCAAGGACGAAUUCAUAGAGGACCUCCGCCAGCACCUGACAAGCCUUCUUUUGAGUGAUCUGGGUUCACCAGUGUGGAGCUGUGGUAGCGAAACGGACGCUUGGUUCGCCCGCUACCUAAGCCACCCACCGGUCAAGGCUCAAAUGCAAAAACAAGCAUCUUUUCAGAAGUUCUACUCUGAUUACGAAAAGCGAUCUCACUUUGAAAAGCAGCGUCAGUCAAGCGGAGCACGACGAAGUCGAUCCCUCGACCGCUCCUGGAGAUUUACACAAAAGGGCCCAUCCGCAGACGUGUCUAGACACCUGCGAGGCGGAUCUGACAAAGAUGGUUUCCCUGGCUUUUCAUAUGAAGAUGCGUUCCGCCGUCUGCUCGAUACUUUCUCGCGUCAUGGCAAUCCACUAGUCAAGCUUAACGCAUUGAGGGACUUGCGAUCCAUGGUGAUAGCCUCUUUGGUACCUGUGCAAGAGAAUGACUCAACAAUUAGACGGGCCACCAAGGCCGGUCAAGGCAACGGGAGAGGGUCCAAGACAUUUUCCCGAGCAUGCACUGGGCGACGAAGUUUCACGGACCUUGACAUACCUUCGCUGUUGCAGGCAGAUACCACGAUCCCGGCAAUGGCUCCAGCUGCAUCUCUUCCAUUCGGGUCCACUCGCUCCACUCAUGAUGUUCCUGCGGAGGAAAAGAUCGUUGCUACCUUACGAAAACUGAUUCUUGAUGUCAAGCCAAAGACACUCUUUCGUGACUUGCAGUACAUAUCUGCUUUUGUGCCCACGGAGUAUUUCGCUAAAUCUGAUCGCGAAACCGCAUUCCUUCAAUUCGGUCUGGCUGCUCUGAGCCUCAAAGAAGAAGCUUGUCACGGUAUGGUGGAGGUUGCCGAUCGAAUUGUGUCUCAAGAGCUCCUGCGACGACAUCCCCUUCCUGGCGCAGGCUUUCACUCACGACCGGUUCAUGCUAUCGACGAUGCAGCAGAGAUGUGGAUUAUUACAGCCAAGGAGGGGAAUCCCAUCGCGCAGCGUGAAUUGGCCAUUCUCUAUUUAACUCAUCCCGAACGACUGCAACGCGUCACACUGCCUCUGACUCGACCGCGUGAUACAUUCAAGGCUGAAAUGAUGUAUCGGCGCGACAAGGAUUCCAAGUCCGAUCCGCAGAGCAUGUGCUUGGCACUACACUGGAUGCAGCUUUCAGCCAACGGAGGGGACAUCCUUGCACGCAAUCGGCUUCGCGAACGAGAGGAAUUUGAUUCUAUUGCAUGA